AUGAAAGAAGAAAAUGUGAGUUUUCCCAACACAUUUAUAUUAUUGAUCUUCUCAGAGUAUCCAUGGCUAGAGAUUCCCUUAUUUGGAGUGGUCCUGGUCUCCUACACCCUUAUCCUGUUGGGGAACAGCUCCAUUAUUCUUCUUUCUGUAGUAGAACCCAGACUCCAGACCCCCAUGUACUUCUUCCUGGACAACCUCUCUGUGCUGGACCUCUGUGUCACCUGCACCAUUGUGCCACAGCUGCUGACCACCCUCUGGAGCCUAGAGAAGACCAUUGCUUCCUGGGGCUGCAUCACACAGGCCUAUCUUUUCCACUGGACCAGCUGCACUGAAUGUGCCUUGCUGGCUGUGAUGGCCUUUGAUCGCUAUGUGGCAAUCUGCCAUCCCCUCAGGUACACUCUCAUAAUGCAUGCCUGGGCAUGUGUGUGGCUGGCAGCUGUGUCCUGGUCCAGUGGCCUGGCCAAUUCUCUGCUCCAAUCCACACUCACCCUCCGACUUUCAUUCUGUGGGAGGCACACCCUUGAUCACUUCUUCUGUGAGGUGCCUGCUUUGAUCAAGCUGGCCUGUGGUGACACAACUGUUAAUGACCUCUCCCUGGCCUUGGGAGCCAUCCCUUUUGGAAUGGUGGCUCCCCUGCUUGUGCUCAUCUCCUACACCUUCAUUGUAAGGGCUGUGAUAAAGUUACCUUCAGCUGAGGGAAGGCAGAAGGCACUCAGCACCUGCAGCUCCCACUUGGUGGUUGUCACUAUGUACUUUGGGCCAGGUAUCUACAUAUAUCUACAACCUCCAUCCAAAAGCUCUCAGGCCAAGUUCAUGUCCUUCUUCUACUGCAUCAUCACCCCACUUCUCAAUCCACUCAUCUACACCCUGAGAAACAAGGAUGUGAAGGCAGCAUGGAAGAGAAUCUUGUAA